CGCAGCGGAGCCGCCAAUCGGGUCUCGGGGCGGGGCCAGAGCCGGGGAAUGCCUUCGAGCUCCGCGGGCAGCUCGGGGCACAGCGCGACCAUGGGGCCGGGACGGGCGCGGGUCCUGGCCCUGGGGCUGCUGCUGGGGGUCCUGGGCGGAGCAGCGAGCGAGCCCCACUCCCUGCGAUAUUUCUACACGUCGGUGUCGGAGCCGGGCCUGGGGCUGCCGCAGUUCGUGACCGUGGGGUACGUGGACGGGGAGAUCUUCGUGCGCUAUGACAGCGAGACCAGAAGGACGGAUGCCAUGAUGGACUGGAUGGCGGCCAUCGAUGACCCGCAGUACUGGGAGAGGAACACCCAGAUCUUUCAGAACUCUGAGCAGAUUUUCCGCAUGGGCCUGGACACGCUGCGGGAGCGCUACAACCAGAGCAGGGGCUUUCACACAUGGCAGCGUAUGUAUGGCUGUGACCUCCUAGAAGACGGUAGCAUCAGGGGGUUUGACCAGUAUGGCUACGAAGGAAGAGACUUCAUUGCCUUUGACAAAGACACGCUGACGUUCACUGCAGCGGACGCUGGGGCACAAGUCACCAAGAGGAAGCAGGAGGAGGAAGGGACUUAUGCUGAGCGGAUGAAGCACUACCUGGAGAACACCUGCAUUGAGUGGCUGAGGAAAUACGUGAGCUAUGGGAAGGCCGUGCUGGAGAGGAGAGAGCGCCCUGAGGUCCGAAUUUCGGGGACGGAAGCUGGCAAGACCCUGACCUUGUCCUGCCGUGCUCACGGCUUCUACCCGCGGCCCAUCGUCAUCAGCUGGCUGAAGGACGGCAUGGUCCAGGAGCAGGAGACCCAGAGGGGGAGCAUCGUGCCCAACAAUGACGGCACCUACCAUGCCUGGGCCACCAUCGACGUCCCGCUGGAGGACAGGGACAAGUACCAGUGCCGCGUGGAGCACGCCAGCCUGCCCCAGCCCGGCCUCUUCUCGUGGGAGCCACAGUCCAACCUGAUCCCCAUCGUGGCAGGGGUGGUGGCUGUCAUUGUCGUGGCUAUCAUCCUUGCCCUGGCUGGAUUCGCUGUCUGGAAGAGCAAGCAGGGUAAAGUGCCUGGGCGGGGAAGAAAGAGAAGGGCUACAACAUAGCACCAGGCAACGACGGGGGAUCCAACAGCUCGAACACAGGGAGCAACCCCAGUGUCUAACCACUCUGCUUCAGCCCAUGAGGAACCAGAUUUGUGCUGCUGCUGGAUGUGGCCCCGUUCCCCCACCCUCUCCCAACUCCUACCUGCUACCGCAAGAGCACCGCUACAGCGUAAUUGCAUCUGCACACCUUCAAACAAAAUAAACAACCCAAGAUUUGCUGAUUUGCCACAAA